AAAAACCUGCACCCCAGCGUGGCCAUGACAACUGAAAAGCGGCGGUGGCUGAUCCCUACAGCCACACAGAAGAGCCUUGAGGCUGCUUUCCUCGUCGAUCGCUUCCCUUCCCUCUCUGACCGUCAGCGGUUGGCGACCGCCUUCGACGUGACACCGAGGAAGAUCCACACUUGGUUCCAGAAUAAGCGGAGCCGCUCGGGGCAGACCCCGAAGAAGGCGCCUCGCUCGAAGGCGCCUCGCUCAAAGGCGCCUCGCAUCCGCCACGGCGAGGCAUCCAAGACGGACGAGGUGGUCUUCGCGCCGGCGCAGAGCGCGGUGGCUCACGCCCCCCUUCCGUGCGCUCCACCGGCGAUGUGCCACGCGCUCACCGAUGCCGCGCUGAUGGGCUGCACGUACCGAGCGCAUGGAUACCUCACCGACAAGCAGGAGGGCGGCUCGCAGCUACCCGCACCUUCGCCCACCGCCUCGCCCGGCGCCUCGCCCGGCGCCCGCCCCCUCGACGUCUCGUCCGACCGCUUGCUCAACGCGCAUCACAACCACGAGCCAAGCCUCGACCUCACGCCCAACCUCGCCCCAAGCCUCACCCCGGUGGGCUCCUUCCGGGUGCUGUAUGCGGCACGGCCGCCGCCCGCCGGCCCGCCCGGGGGGGGCUCCUUCCUGGGGCCCCCCUGGGGGUGGUGGGCGGCCGUGCCCGGGUCCGGCACCAGGGGCACCACUGUGUGGCGGCUGCAGGUUCAGGUCUCCGCACGGGCCAUCGCACCCGCGCCGCUCCUGCCCAAGCCGCACCCGCACCCUGAAGCCGCGGCCGGCGAGAUGGAGCUACAGCUCCCUCUCGCCCACGCCGAGAUCGCGCCGGUGACCGACCCGCUGCUCGGCGAGCCGCUGCCGUCCCCGCCGCUGCUCGAGGUCUCGUCGAGCACCUCGUCGAUGGACCUGCUGGACAGCAUCGCCAGCCUGCUGUGAGCAAGCCUCCGCAUGUGGGCGCUCCCCCGAUGUACCGUUCACCGAGGAAUUCCGACCGGGACGAGAGAUGUGCUCUCCGUACUUCGAGAUGCUCUCCGUACUUCGAGAAAGAGACUGACUGAGAGCUAUAGCUCCGUUCGCGCUCGGGACACGUGGUCCUUCCUUGCAUGUAUCAUUGAAACAAGACACGCGCUCACGCGCCUAUACGCGG